AUGGGGGUGCGGGGCGCGCAACAAGAUCCAAGCGCGCGAAAGGAAGGAGAGUACAUGGAUCUCGCAGACGACGACAUUCUAGGCCAACAGCUACGCGAGCUAGACUCCAACAUGAGCACCAUGUUCCAAAACCUUGAAAAUAAAGUAGGGAAGGACGGCAAAAAGGACUCCGAUUUGUUCAAGAAUGCCGACGUUCAAGAGAACCGCUCCAAGGAAGAAGACGUGGAAAGGAAACGCGAGGAGCAAGGCCGACAGAAAGAACGGGCGGCCCUCCUGGCGCAGCUGAAGGGCCUGUCUGAUGGUGGGCUGACAAGGCGUCCGAAGUGGCGAUGGAUCGCGGAGGGUGUCCAUGACCCUCCCCCCGACCGGGUCUUGAAGGGAAAGCACCUUUGGAAGGCGGCGGCGUUGCUGAUCAUCGUGUUUUUCGUCCGGCCGAAGAGGACGCUCAUGCAACGAAAAGCGAGGUCCAAGGACCGCGAUACGCAAGACUGGAACGCGACGCUGACCAUCUACUUCGACCGAUGCCAGACGUGGCUACUGAAAGUCGCGAGGGUGCCGGUCGGUAAUUCUGUGCUCAAGAACAGCGCACUAAACUUUCGGCUGAACCGCCUAGACGGCAAGAGGGAAGCUUUCGGCGGGGCGGCCGCUUCAGGGGGCGGGAAUGCUAGAGGGGGCUUCGUGAGCGCCCUUGUCAGGAAGGUGGCCAGGGGGAUCAACCACGAGAACCUGGCGCUGACGCUCAUGCGCCUCAAAGUGCACGUGAAAGGCGUCUUGAACGGCCUGACUCAGGAGAUGCCUCCGACGGACAUCAUGACUUUCUUCAGCUACCUUGCGGCGGACGGCAACUACUUCCCAGACGGUUUCUUUUUCGAGAAGGAGACCAAUAUGCUCGCCUUCGACGAGCUCGGCGCCGUGCGAAAUCUCACCCCGACCACGGACCGUCCUGACGACUUCAAUGACACGCUCUACGCCUUGCACAACAGCAAGGUAUUGGAAGAGGAGCUCGCAGCUGACCACCAGGACCACCACGAAGGCUUCUUGGACGCGCACCACCUGGGAUGGCUGGUUGACGCUGGACACAGUCUGUUGGAGGGCACGAAGGCGGGCAUGGCUGGCCACGCCGCCGCCACCGCCGCCGCGACUCGGCCGACCGACUUGAGAGCAGCCGUGUUGCACGGGCAUGAGCACCUCCCCGGGAAGUUCAGGCCGCUGUAUCGCCACGAGGCAAACGGUCAAUGGUUCGACACGUCGUUUGUGGAAAUGAUCCUGACCAACUAUCUCAUGGUGCGGGUGUUGAUACCGUGGAUUUUGCUGUACCCGCAAGAGUCCGGACUGGUCCCGUCCAGCGGCGUGAAGCAGUCGCUCCUCAUGCAUAACUGCCAGGUGCUGGCUUCGACGGUGUAUCUGAUCGUGCGGAUUCUUCGGCCGGAGCUCACGGUUCCCAACGCCGAUACCAUGCAAGCGGCCAUGGCGGAGGAGACCGAGCGAGCGGCAAAAAUCGCAGCAGCAGCAGCUGCUGCUGCUGCUGCUGCAACCGCCGCAGACGAUGACAGCAAUGACGACAAUGACGACGACGACAAUGACAAUGACGAGGGGCAGGACGGCAGCAACAGAGACGAGGCCGGCCGAGCCGAACCGGGAGAGGCAAAGAAGGGAGGGGCGAAGACGAACAAGCUGGGUGCUCGCAGGCGGGGAAGUCGCGCUGCCGCGCCCGUGAUACGGCCGAGAACUGUACGGGAGAUCAUGCAGACGAGGCGGUACGUGAGCGUCAGCGAUAGGCAGCUGGUGCCUGCAUUGUUGCCGGAUGUUUACUUCUUGCCGUUUGCGGAGCAGAUGAGACCGUGGGUGCUACAACUCGCAGCUGAGUUUGACAGCUGGAUGCAAAGGGUCGUGGCCGAAGUCAUGGGCAAGGUCGAGGGUAGCGCCAUGAGACAAGAGCGGGCAGCACCAAAGGAUCAGGCUGACUGA